UAUGAUUUGCAUGUUUUAGCUAAAACUAUGUGUACUCCAGAAAAUCUUAGUAAUGUUGCAUUCUGCAAAUCCGUUCUUUCAAAGGCUAUUUAUCUUAUGGCUGAAGAUGCAGACCUAUCCCCAUUGCUGCUGUCUGCUGUCAAGUUGUUGGCUCACUCAGACCUGGGCAUCAAGAAAGCUGCAGGUCAGAUUAUUAUACGGUAUCAGUCUACAAACCCCGACGCUGUGCUGCUUGGUUUGAACUCACUGAUAAAAGACUGCUACGACAGCAGCCCCAUGGUGCGUGGCCAGGCACUGAAGGUGAUGUGUUCAAUCAGACAACUCCUUGUUUUAGAGUAUGCGGAACCAGCCAUCUUCAGGGCCUUUUCUGAUAAGAGUGCGUUUGUUAGGAGAACUGCAGUUCUUGCUUGUGUCAAGUUGUACAGUCUCUCAAACACUUUCAUUACAGAAAGUGGUAUCAUAGAUGAAUUAUAUUCCAUGAUUCGUGACCCUGAUCCAUUAGUGGUUACAAAUUGUUUGUGUGUGCUGGAUGAAGUCUUGAUGAGUGAAGGCGGUAUUGUUAUCAAUAGAGGCAUUGCACAUUACCUCUUGAAUCGGCUCGAUUCAUUUUCAAACUGGUCUCAGUCGUAUGUACUUCAGAUCCUGUGCAAGUACAGUCCCUCAUCAGAGGAUGAAAUAUUUGAUAUUAUGAAUGUGACAGAUGUAUUACUAAAAAAUAACAGCAUUGCUGUGGUUGAUUCUUGUCUACAGUUGUUUUUACAUUUGUUAGAAAACAUGCCACAUCUGCAGUUGGAGGUGUGUAACAGGGUCAAAGAUGCAGUAGUUAGUCAACUAGGCUCAGGGAAUGUGGAACUUAUCUAUUGUGUGGUGGAUCAGGUGAAAAAGUUACCUCAAGACAUUUGCAAAGUUUAUGCUCCAGAACAUAAAAGUUUUUUCUGUCGGCACAAAGAUCCCUGUUAUCUGGUGAACAGCAAGGUUACUUUUUUACCCCGCUUGGUAACCAAGACAACCUACAAAGUGAUCGUAGAGGAAUUGUGUCUCCAUGUAACAGACAGAUCGGCCAAGUUGUCCCUGGCAGCGGUUAAAGCCAUUGCAAACAUUGCUUGUGAUCACAAGGAAGCGUUUGAGGAUUGUCUAGAACAACUCAAUGAUCUGCUGUCUUCAUCGUCUGAACAAGUUGUGUCCAAUGUACUGCAGACCUUAAAGACUAUCGACCUCUCAGAUUCGAAACAGGUUGUCACAAUAAUUACCUCAGUGGCUUCGUCGCACAGGAUGGUGAGGGAUGAAUCGGGGACGGUAGCUAUGUUGUGUCUGUUAGACACGUAUGGUUGUGACAUGCCCGACACUCCCUAUAUUCUGGAAGACCUGGUGGAAAAUUUUGACAGCAUAUCAACCGGUGAACUAAAGCAUCAGUUGUUGUGUACAGUGAUGAAGGUGUUCUUGAGCCGGCCCGCCGAGUGCCAGCACAUACUGGGAGCAUUGUUAGAGCUGUGUGUUGAUGACCAGAACAAGGCACUUCAAGGCACGGCCAUCUUGUAUUACGAUCUUCUUGAAACAGGCUUCAGUGUGGCAAGGCAGGUUGUUACUGGCCUAGAUAGGACACAGUCCUGAUGUACUUGGGUUUUUUAGAACCUUUUAGAUGACAAAUGUUAAUUGCAGCUAAUGGUUUUAAAAUGUAAUUAGCAGAAAAGACACAGUAGUUAUUGUGUUUAGUUGUGUAUAAAACAAUCAGAUAGACUGUUCUCAUGAACCACUCUCUAACCAGUGGUGACAGUGCUGCUUUUGAUGUGGGUGCAUUACUUAAGUUAAUUUUUAAGAAAGCAGGAAUAUUUUUAUUAAUUGAAUUUAGAUAUAGCAUGUAUUCGAUAGACAGGGGAUGUCUAAAAUGAAGAUGGUAAAUAAAUUGUUGAUUAAA